AUGUCUGAUUCGCUGGCCACGCUGUUUGCACAGCCUUCCAGGAUCGACAACAAGGAGCUGGUUGCUCGCAAACGGACUCUGAUCGAGAUUCCAAAGACUGAGGAGGAAGAAAGGGCGUUGGAGUCAGGACAACAGUCGAAUAAAAGAUUGAAAAGGGCCGCAGAAUUUGCUAAGUCUCGCAAAGAAGAAUCUUCAACCAUCACUUCGGCUCCUAAAUAUGAUCCUGUUGUUGAGAAGGAGAAGAAUAAGCGCACAAUUUUCAUUGGAAAUCUUCCGACAGCCAUCAUGGCCUCCAAAAAAUCUACCAAGGAGCUGAAGGCUCUGUUCAAGCCUUUUGGCAAGAUCGAGUCGAUGAGAUUUAGAUCAUUUGCAGUUCAAUCCAACAUUCCAAGAAAGGCUGCCUACAUUUUGCAUAACGUGAAAGACGACGAUACCACCAACUGCUAUAUGGUAUUUGAAAAAGAGGAAGAUUCGCUCAAGGCUGUGGAGCUGAACGGAACCGUGUUCAUGGAUCACCACCUAAGAGUUGACCAUGUUGCUCAGCCCUUGAAGCAUGACAACAAGCUUUCUGUUUUUGUGGGAAACCUUGAUUUUGAGGAGACGGAGGAAUCUCUGUGGAGAUUUUUCAACGAGACUUGUUCACCAGACAAAUCGAACGUCAUCGCGAAUGUGCGGUUGGUUAGGGAUGCCAAGACUAACUAUGGUAAAGGAUUUGCAAUUGUACAGUUCACAGAUACAAACUACGUCUCUAAAGCAUUGCUACAGAACAAAAAAGAGCUCACGACAUCAAAGAAACCUAGAGGGCUCCGCAUCACGCGCUGCAGGAACCAGACGGUGGCUCCGGUGAAGGAUAGAAAGUUGGGAUUGGCUGUGAAAGCUGGAAAAGUGGUCUUGGAAGGUGAGAGAGCCAAAAAGGGUAUUCGUGUGAAGGGUAUCAAGAAUGGUGGUCAUGCUGGCGGUAAAAAGAAGCCAAGAAACCCUGAAGGAAGAGCUGCAAGAAGGAGUAAGGAGUUUAGGCAAAAGCUAGGCGUUAAGUGACAUGAUGUAAAAUAGAA